CUUAUGCUGUAGGAUUUUAGCCUAAUUAUGAAAGCACUUUUGUCAAAUUUUUAAUCUGGCACACAAUUAACAUCCAGAUUCAGCUACUAUAUUACUACACAAACUGAUUUUUCUAAUUUAUUGGGACUCCAUUUCUCAAGAUAACAAAAUUCCAAAUAUGACAUAUUUUCAAAGAUCUAGUAUUAUUUGAAAUCUUUGAAAAAAUAUUGAAAAUAGUAUGCUUUGUUGAAAAUAUCAGUGCAAUUUAGAUCAGAUCAAUUUUGCUGACUUUGGAUGCAGAACAUUUCCUUUGUGUUAAUUUUUUCAAAAUUCUAAAACUUUCUCUUUAUUUAAAGUUUUAAAUAAAAAUAAAUUAAAAAAAUUCCCAGAUUUUCAAUGUGGCCUCAGUCUUUUGGGCCCCACCGUAUAUAAGACCACAGUGAUGAAAAGCUCGCUGAACUAGUUUGUGUCAGCAAUGUUAAGCAAACAACCUGAUUUGUUCAGUUUUAUAUAAAUAAUGUUAUAUGAAGCUCUAUGAAUGUUUAACCGCCCCAAUCCUAACUGUGAUCUAAAUAACUUUUCAUACAAAUUGAUGCACGUGUAUUUCUGAAUCAAAUUAUUUACAAGAACUCAGCAUCAAGGGAAAAGCGAAGUCUGGACUGACCUUCUCAGCCUGUUGCCAGGAAAAGCAGAAGGAUAAUGAAUGAAUGAACUCAAUAUGAAAAUGCUAACAAUACUGUACAGUCAACUGAUUUACUGAUGCCAUCUUCAUAUUUUUGAAUGAUUGCUAUUUUCUGCACCUCUUUUUCAAUUAAUUUAAAUCGCUAUUUCUGUAGUUAAUGAAGCAAAAAAAAAAACAAAAAAAAAAAACUGUACACUACUCAAUUUGAACAAUUAAAACUGUGUUUUGAGGUCCACAGGGAAGAGUGUGAUAUUUGCAUGUUGGUAAGGGGAAAGCCAGCUUGGUCAAUGGAGAUGUUGGCAGUGCUGGUGGUAUUGAUGCUGGUCCCCACUUGGAGUGAUGGACUCUUGCUGAAGAAGUGUGAGCUGAAGUCUCAGCUUGAGGCAGCCUUUUCUAAGCUGCAAGGAGAGAAGGCUGAGGACAUUAUUGCUAAAUUGGCCUGCACAGUAGAACACAUUUCUGGGUUCAACACCAGUCUUUUAACCAUCACUGACCAAUUCGACCCCAGAACCCUGAUCAUAACUCCUUUUCUAUAUGGCCAUGAUGACCAUUACUCCUCUGGAAUGAAAGAAUUGCCCGUAACAUCUAAGGGGACAAAUAUUGUGAGCGAAAACUAUGUAAUUCGUGAAAAUGUGGUGGUGACUGAAGAGCCUUUGAUUACUCUACAUAUAGUGGGUGAAGACAAGUUCAUUCCUGGAAAAGCCGAGGUCCAACCAGAAGAAAAAGUUGUCCAGGUUGAUGGGCAAGACAGAAAGCAGAUGGAAACUCCAUCUAAGGAUGAAGGGGAUGGCACUUGGGUGCAAGGGGAUAGCUCUAGAGAAGGAUUGAUUGACCAAUCAAAUGAAAUGCUGUUUGGUCACAAAGAUUUACGACCUAACAGAUCGCUGGUCCCCAAUGAUAGGCCACUCCAUGGCGAUGAAAUGCUGCUUGGUCCUACAGAUUUGCCACCUGACAGACCAACGGAGCCCACAGAUAUACCUUACGAUACCUAUGAAAUGCUAUUUGGUUCCACAGUUUUACCACCUGACAGAACAACGGAGCCCACAGAUAUACCUUACGAUACCUAUGAAAUGUUAUUUGGUUCCACAGUUUUACCACCUGACAGAACAACAGAGCCCACAGAUAUACCUUACGAUACCUAUGAAAUGUUAUUUGGUCCCACAGUUUUACCACCUGACAGAUCAACGGAGCCCACAGAUAUACCUCACGAUACCUAUGAAAUGCUAUUUGGUUCCACAGUUUUACCCCCUGCCAGAACAACAGAGCCCACAGAUAUACCUUACGAUACCUAUGAAAUGCUAUUUGGUCCCACAGAUUUACCCCCUGCCAGAACAACAGAGCCCAAAGAUAUACAUUACGAUACCUAUGAAAUGCUAUUUGGUUCCACAGUUUUACCACCUGCCAGAACAACAGAGCCCACAGAUAUACCUUAUGAUACCUAUGAAAUGCUAUUUGGUCCCACAGUUUUACCCCCUGCCAGAACAACGGAGCCCACAGAUAUACCUUACGAUACCUAUGAAAUGCUAUUUGGUCCCACAGAUUUACCCCCUGCCAGAACAACAGAGCCCAAAGAUAUACAUUACGAUACCUAUGAAAUGCUAUUUGGUUCCACAGUUUUACCCCCUGCCAGAACAACAGAGCCCACAGAUAUACCUUACGAUACCUAUGAAAUGCUAUUUGGUCCUACAGAUUUACCCCCUGCCAGAACAACAGAGCCCACAGAUAUACCUUACGAUACCUAUGAAAUGCUAUUUGGUCCUACAGAUUUACCCCCUGCCAGAACAACAGAGCCCAAAGAUAUACAUUACGAUACCUAUGAAAUGCUAUUUGGUCCUACAGAUUUACCACCUGCCAGAACAACAGAGCCCACAGAUAUACAUUACGAUACCUAUGAAAUGCUAUUUGGUUCCACAGUUUUACCACCUGGCAGAACAACAGAGCCCAAAGAUGUACAUAAUGAUAUCUAUGAAAUUCUGUUUGGUCACAAAGAUUUACGACCUAACAGAUCGCUGGACCUCAAGGAUAGGCCACUCCAUGACAAUGAAAUGCUGCUUGGUCCCACAGAUUUACCACCUGACAGAACAACAGAGCCCAAAGAUAUACCUUACGAUACCUAUGAAAUGCUAUUUGGUCCUACAGUUUUACCACCUGACAGAACAACAGAGCCCACAGAUAUACCUUACGAUACCUAUGAAAUGCUAUUUGGUUCCACAGUUUUACCCCCUGCCAGAACAACAGAGCCCACAGAUAUACCUUACGAUACCUAUGAAAUGCUAUUUGGUCCCACAGAUUUACCCCCUGCCAGAACAACAGAGCCCACAGAUAUACAUUAUGAUACCUAUGAAAUGCUAUUUGGCCCCACUGACAAACCCAUGAAUCCCUUGGAUAGAUCACUGGAUACCACAGGAUCUCUUGAGCCUGAAACUAAGCAAAGAUCUAAACGUAGCUCUGAAGAUCAGACUAUACUCUAUGGAAUCUUCCAGCUGAGUGAUAUAGCAUGUGAUUCAGGAUCAAGCCACAGUAUGAUCCUUUGUGGACUGGACUGUAGUGCUCUGACUGAUGAUGACAUCACUGAUGACAUUGCUUGCCUGAUGACUUUGGCUAAGAAAGUGAAGGCGAUGACGUUCACACAGAAGUGUCUGUCUGUAGAGCCUUCACACUACUUUGCCGAAUGUGGCUGAAAUUGCCAGAUCAUAUUGUACGGGAUUCAAAUGUUAUCCUGACUUUAUUUCCAUGUACUCCAAUAAAAAUUAACGCUUCUCAGGAAAAUUUCUGUUCUGUAUAUUAAUCAGUUUCUCACUGGGUGUCUAACCAGCUUUAUUGUUGCUUCAGGACAGCAAACGUUGCAGUUUCUUUUAAUAUUAAGAAUGGCUGUGUUGAAUAAUGGGUGAGGUAUUCAUGAAUGUAUAUUAAAAAGUCCUAAAAAAUCCUACAGUUAAGCAACUAAGAAGGUGCGCAGUGCUUUCUGUCUGUUAUACCAUAUUUGCUUUGAGAGAAUAUAUGGAUUAUAUUGAUAAUCUUUCAGAUAUUUUAGAUAUGUUAUGAAGUGAAGUGACUUGUGGCCAAGUGUGACCAAGUGUAUGGUGACCCAUACUCGGAAUUUGUGCUCUGCAUUUAACCCAUCGAAGUGCACACACACAGUAGUGAACACACACACACACACACACACACACACGGAGCAGUGGGCAGCCUUUUUUUUUUUUGCUGCAGCGCCCGGGGAGCAGUUGGGGGUUCGGUGCCUUGCUCAAGGGUCUCACCUCAGUCGUGGUAUUGAGGGUGGGAGAGAGCGCUGGUCAUUCACUCCCCCCACCUACAAUCCCUGCUGGACCUGAGACUCGAACCCACAACCUUCAUGGCAGUUCAUUAUGAUUUAUAUGGAGUUGUUGUGCCUAUUGUAACAUCACCUGCUCUCCAGAAGUAACCAUUAGAUUACAUACAAAUGCAUACACUCUCUCAUAUAUAAAUUCAUUAAAACAACAGAAACCACAUGUUUGUCGCCUAAAUCAUUCCCUUUCAAUAUUACUACAGUCAUCAUUUUUGUAAUUAAUGAAUUUAAGCUAAACUUUUUCAUGUUUCAAUGCUGAUAGUCAAGUCUAUCCCUUCGCUCAGCUCAGAAUCAACCACAGCACCAAAUUUAUAGCAAUUU